UGUACUUACUUUUCCAGGAGCUCGGCGCUGGUGAGCCGUAGUGUUAGUGGGAAGGGAGAAUUCGGAAAGCUGGAUGACAUCCACAGCCAUUUUACGCCUCUCACAGACAUCAACAGAGUUUUCUAGUGAGACGGCCGCUGAGUAGGCUUGGUGCCGAGCCAGAAAGCGGGAGAAAUGCCUGUCCCCGCUGGAUACGUCAGCGACUCCCGGGGCGCGGCCUUCACAUCCUCGGCCUCGCUUAUUCCUCCGCCGCCGAUCAACACCCGACAACCCGGUGUUGUCACCUCGUUACUGUAUAGCGGCUCCAAGUUCAGGGGCCACCAAAAGAGCAAAGGGAACUCAUACGACGUGGAAGUGGUUUUGCAGCAUGUCACCAUGGAGGAUUCAUACUUGUGCGGCUACCUGAAAAUUAAAGGUCUGACUGAGGAAUAUCCGACCCUCACCACUUUCUUUGCCGGGGAGAUUAUAAGCCGAAAGCGUCCAUUUCUGACCAGGAAGUGGGAUGCGGACGAGGAUGUGGAUCGGAAACACUGGGGAAAGUUCCAGGCAUUUUACCAGUAUGCAAAGACAUUUAAUUCAGAUGAUUUUGACUACGAGGAUCUGAAGAACUCUGACUUUAUUUUCAUGCGGUGGAAGGAGCAGUUUUUAGUCCCCGACCACACAAUCAAGGACAUCAGUGGCGCUUCUUUUGCUGGAUUCUACUACAUUUGCUUCCAGAAAUCCACAGCAACAAUAGAGGGCUUCUACUACCACAGGAGCUCAGAAUGGUAUCAGUCUCUCAACCUCACACACGUCCCUGAACACAGUGCAGCCAUAUAUGAGUUUCGGUGACCCUGGUCGUCUUUUUUUUUCCUCCUUUGUUUUAUUUUAUUUUUAAUCUUUUUGACUCAACAGACUUGUGGUCAAGUUUUAAAGAUGCUACUGAGGAGAAGGAAGAAGGAUGAGUGAACUGGUGUAACACAAGAUAAGUGGAUGUACAGCUUGUUUGUGAUGGCGGACACAUGAAUGUAUGAAGGACAAGGAUGCAGCUAUGCUCCCUGGCUGGAGCUGGUAAAGACAGACCCGGAGGAUGGGUGGGUCCGAUCUGUUUUUGUUCUCACUUGUUUCCCAAGACAAUUUAUAUCUUGAGAUUGGAUCUCCCUUCGAGAAAGGACUCAAGAAUUCCGUCUACUGUUGGACAAUGAUUCCUGUGAGGAGUCUGCUGUUUAUGAACACCACGAGAAAGAUGCUCUUCAGGUUUUAGAAUGGGAGCCUAAAUAAGCUCGAAAAGACAGUAUUAAGCUGGUUCCUUGUUUGCUUGCCAAAAGGAUAUUUUUGAUAUUUUGAAGCUGAGUGGCACUUUGAAAGGCUGCAAUAUGAGUGACACCUACACAAGCUUUCCCCCUGUGUCACUGAAGAUUUUGUUCUCUUCACUCAGAUUGCUGUGGAUCUUGUUUUCCUGAGUGACGUUUGCACAAAAACUGACAAUGUGUUACAAAUGUGUGUGGGUUUUGUAAUGGGAAGUCCACAACACAUGCCUGUAGAUGGAAAACCCAGCUCUAUUUCACAUAUUAUUUAAAAAAAAAAUAGGUCAAAGAGCCAAAACAAUCACAAAAGUAUUAAGAAUGAAUAUUUUAUACUCAGAUUUGCAUUAAAACUUUGUACUCCUUUCUUGUCCUUUUAAAUUAACACCUGUGUUACAUCCGUGUUUUUUCCUCGACUAUGCAACACUCUCCAAAACCCCAGAAUUUUCCCAAGAUUUAAAGUUUAUUCUAUCCCUGAAGUAUAUGAAAAGCAAAUUCUAUGUUGACAUAUUUUUGUUAAAUUGUCUAUAAGGUCUCCCUCCUCUUCGACCCAUGUGGUAUGUGAACAGUGCCAUCUUUUUAAAGGUGAUCAGAGUUGUAUUAUAACUGGGUGGACGUGUGUUUGCUUGUGAAAAAGAAUCCCAGUGUGACUGUAACAGAAUGGUUUAAAAGAAAUCAUAUCAAAACUUUUCUGACUCACUUUCUGCCUCCCGCAUUGAUCAUCCAUAAAUACACACAUCAAAGCUACAAGACAACAGGUUUCCAGAUUUUGUUUUCAAGGAAGUUAUCACAUGUACAUGCACAAAAGAAAAGCGACAAGUUCUCAAAGUAUUGUAAAUCUAUGUUGGUGCAGGGAUCACAUUCGGCAAUGUUAUCUGAGAAAUACUGUACUGUUUGUUUGUUUCACCAAUUUAUCUUCCUCUAUAUAAACAUUUCCUUGCUUUUGAUUCUAUGGCAAAGUGGUCGGGAUACUCAAGCAAAUUUGGGUUUUGUAACACAAUGACUUUUGUGUUGAUUUUUUUCAAGGACUGUCAGU